AUGCUUAUUAAAGUCAAGACUCUUACCGGGAAAGAAAUUGAAAUUGACAUAGAGCCGACCGAUAAAAUUACACGGAUCAAAGAACGUGUUGAAGAGAAAGAAGGAAUACCACCUGCACAGCAACGUUUAAUUUUCGGUGGAAAACAAAUGGCCGACGAAAAGACGGCCAGCGAGUAUAGCAUAGAAGGCGGUUCCGUUCUACAUUUGGUGCUAGCCCUUCGUGGUGGGUGGUAG